CAGAUAUUUAACCAGAAAGUUUGUGAAUUCGAAAUUUUGUGUUUUUUCAAUGAAAUUUGGUGUUUUAAUGAGUUUUAACAUGUUUGAACUGAAGAAGGAUUGAUAUUUUAGCUUAUUUAUGUUUAAUUUGUGGCGAGGGUAGAAUAUAAGGCUUUAAAAUGGAUCAAAUGCUACCAAGUCCAGGGUUUAGUAUACCAAGUAUAGGAACCCCACUUCAUCAGCCUGAAGAAGAUCAAUUAAUUCUUCCAAAUGCUUUACAACAGCAACAACAACAAAAUUUGUCACAAGUCCCCCCAUUGGCCCCUAUGGGGGGACUAACCCCAACUUUAGGCCUAGGAAUGGGUAUGUCGAUGCCAACUCGAUAUGUUCCAGGUUAUGGCAGCAGUUUGCAGUCUCAAACGCCGCAACAUACGAUGAUGUCGCCUAUGAUAAACUUAGGUGGUACCAGUGGAGGUCCAGGGGCCACACCUAGUAGUAAUAUGGGGCCUGCGACACCUGCAACCCCUGCCACACCUCAGACCCCACAUUCCCAGGAUCCAGGGAUUGUUCCCCAGUUACAAAACAUUGUUUCUACAGUAAACCUAAACUGCAAACUGGACCUGAAAAAAAUCGCGCUGCACGCCAGAAACGCCGAAUACAACCCCAAGCGUUUCGCGGCCGUCAUAAUGCGAAUCCGGGAACCUCGAACGACAGCCCUGAUCUUCUCCUCCGGCAAGAUGGUGUGCACCGGGGCCAAAAGUGAGGAAGACUCGCGGUUGGCCGCGCGAAAGUACGCGCGUAUCAUCCAAAAGUUGGGUUUUAACGCCAAGUUUUUGGAUUUUAAAAUACAGAACAUGGUGGGCAGUUGUGACGUUAAGUUCCCCAUAAGACUGGAGGGUUUGGUGUUGACGCACGGCUCUUUUAGCUCCUACGAGCCGGAGUUGUUCCCCGGAUUGAUUUACCGUAUGGUGAAACCCAGGAUUGUGCUGUUAAUUUUCGUGUCCGGGAAAGUCGUGCUAACCGGCGCCAAAGUGAGACAGGAAAUCUACGAAGCAUUUGAUAAUAUUUAUCCUAUUUUGAAGAGUUUCAAAAAACAAUAAUUGUUUUUAACAAACAGCCUUUUGGUUGUGUUUUGUUUAUUUGUUUCAAUAAAAUUGUAUUCAC